GAGGAGGAGCAGGAGACAGAAAGGAGAAGAGAGGUUGUGGGGACAGCCUGUGGACCCCAGGAGCAGAGAGGAGAUGAUAAACAACAACAACAACAAGCAGCAGCAGCAGCAGCAGCAGCAGCAACGCAGCAUCUGGGAUGAGCCCGUCAAAUUCAGCACCAAGACCAAAGACUCCUGUUCCAUGGUGGUGUCUGGAGCUGGGGACUAUACCCGCCUGCGUGUCUCCUGCAAAGGUCCGAGCCAGGGCCAGACCCCAGGACGCUCCUACUACUGCGACUUCCAGGGCAAACCCAACCUGUGCCGCGCCUACAACCUCAACCCUCGCCACUUCUUCACCCAGAUGAUGUGGGACAUGAGAAAGCUGAGCCACGCCUGCCAGGGACCCAAAGUCUACCGCCCACAGAUGUGUAAGAAAUACCCCGACGAGGCCCAGAUGACUUUCUUGGCCUCCUGGCCCAAGACCACCACCCCUAAGCCCUCCAAGCCCGUCCAGGAGCCGCGUAAACCGGUGGUGCCCGCCCCGGCAAAGCCCGUCACUACUCCUAAACCCGUCAAGCCCCAGCCACAGCCUGUCAAACCCCAGCCAGGCAAGGGCCCCCAGACCAAGAAGACUACUCCCAAGCCUGGGAAGACCACUACUCGUCCCACAGAGCAGACUGAUUCCAAAGUAUCCCGCCUCGCCAGCGAGUACUGCUGGAAGAGUUUCCACGGUGUCUGCUCCUACUUCAUCAGCUGGUUCCAAAACUGA